ACAUCUUUCAUUAUCACAUCAUACUUCAUACCAGCUUCUAGGUAACCGAUUAUUGUUUUCUCUAAUGUCGCACUGACAAGAAAAUUUAUGAAUGGGAGGAACUUGUUCAAAAAAUUCUACGGAAGUAUAUUAUUCCACUUUGUAGCAAUAAGUUCUACUGUUAUCUUCAUAUUGCAGGUGCCAAUGUUACAAAGACUCUGCUACGAUAUGUCCCCCGUGCAUUCGUCAAAACCUAUUUUCAUAUGGUUCCUGGGUUUACCCGGUUCCGGCAGAACCACCCAUGUUCAUUUACUUUGUGAAAAAUUGGGACUUGGAGAAAUUCCAGUUGUGGAUUUGCUGACAAUGGAGAGCAAAAUGGAUACGGACAGGGGAAAGAUAAUUAGUCAGGCUUUGAAGGGAAAAAUCAGCAAAAUGCCAGAUGAAUUGGUUGUAGACUUGAUAAAAGAGGCUCUCCUGUCAAAUUCCAUUACAAACCCCCGUAAGGGUUUCAUUAUAAAUAACUUUCCGAGGAGCAGAAAGCAGGCAAAACUUUUCUUGAAAGAAAUCAAAGAUGUGGAUGUAAUCUUUUAUCUCUUUGCCGACAUGGCCACACUGAUCAACAGACUUCAGGGGAAAUAUUCUGAAAGGCCUGAAGAUGAGGAGAAUUUUAAGAAGAAAAUAGUGAAUUACGCCAAAGAAGUUAAAGAAGCUUUAUCUGGAAUGAGAGCAAAAAAUGAGAAGGAGUGCGUCCAGUUUGCAAGGGAGAGAAAUGGGUUAGCAUUUAAUUUCAGUCCUCGGGAAGUUUCUAAGGUUAUGGUUCAAACAGAGAGCUAUUUUGAAAAUUGUCAGGUUUUGGGAUGCCCAGAAGUGGGCAACAGUUCCACAUUGAUACCGGAUGAAUAUUUUGAUUACUACAGUGCUUUUGGGAACAUGAACACUACUGUGAAUGCUACCUGUAUUAGUUCAACAGGAAUUUUUACAAUAACUCAAAGUAAAGAAAAUAACAUUAAAUCAAUAAACCACUGCCAAAAAUUAGGUGGCGACUUGGCCGACGUUUUGAGUGAAACCAGGACUAAACAGCUUGCAAAUUUAGUAAAUCUCACGGUGGACUCUUGGUAUAAAGCUAGUUAUGUAGGUUUAGACGACUUGAUAAAUAAAGGGCAUUUCCAAUCAUCCAAUGGAAAUCAAAUACACUGUACUCGAUACCGUGCUUGGGGUCCUGGACACCCUUGGACCAACAGAAGAGCGGGAAACUGCGUCGCUUUACAUUCUGAUAAGACGUGGAAAGUUACCCCAUGUGAUGUCAAGCUCACAGCUAUUUGUGAAUUUUUCCCAGAGGGACCUUUAGUUGACGAGUUUGACGAGGGGCACUUGUGUGGUGGACUGUCGAGUAAAAGGAGAAGGAAGAGAUGUUUAACUGACAAGAAAUUACUCGGUAAAUUGAUAAAAAGCUCUGGUAGAAAGGAUAAAUGUGCACUUCUGAAUUAUGAUGAAGGUUUAAUCCAAAAUUGAUGAACUUGUACGUUGAAGUGAAAAUCUGAAUGAUUGUGUUUAAAAUGAGCACCUGAAUAAUUAUGAUACAUGUAUUUUACAAUAAAUUUUGCAAAUUAAACUCAACAAUAUAGA